UGACUCCUCCACCACCAAAACGAAAACGAAGGCAGAAAAAUCGAGUCGCUUUGCGGGGGAAGUACAGGAGUUGAGGUUUUGGUUGGGGGAGUGGUAUAGAGAGUUGCCUGGGUAUUUUAGGCGUGGGGAGGGGGAGGCGGGGAAGGAGGGGAGGGAUUUCUUGAUGCAGACGUAUGCUUGUGCGUUGGAGAUUGGGUAUCAUACUGUGAGUUUGUUGUUGCAUCGGGCUGUGUUGAGGAGGAAUGGAGGUGGGAAGGGGAGGGAGGGGGAGGUGGGGUUCAGAAGUUCGUCGUCGUCGGGGAGGGGGAAGCGGGAGGGUGGGCAUGAGAUGCAGGAUGUCGCGCUCGAGGCCUUGUUGCUGAGGAACGCGACCGCGAUCGUGAUGGCAGCCACCAGCGUCCCCGAUCAAUCCCUCAAAGGCUUCCCAUGGCGCCUCUGCCAGCUCGGCCUCACCCUCGCCGGAACCCUCUUCGUCGAACAAAUCACAACCACUCCGCAACACCCCUCCGAAUCCUUCGCGAUGGUGAGCAGGGGAACCUACUACCUCUCCCGCCUCACCCAAACCUGGGACCGCGAACGCGCUACGGGACCCGCGACACGUCGUAACCGCCGCGGAAACGCGGAGAGGAAGGUCAAAGGGCUGAUGCACGUCUCCGGGGUCACGCUCGAGAGUAAUGGUAAUAUGUUUGGUCCGGCGCCGGCGCAGGCGUAUGUGGACAGGGAAAAUGCGAUUCCGCUUCCGCAUGAGGAUCCGACGUUUGUGUUGAGUUCGGUUGUGGAGAUGGGGAAUGCUGCUGCUGGUGGUGGUGCGCAUAGUGAGAGGUCUGGGAGUGUGUCUGAGGGUAGUCGGUGGGGACGGUCCAGCCAGCAGGGUGGGUAUGCGGCACAGGAUACGCAUACGGCGCCGCCGCCGUUGGGGAGACAGGGACCGGGAAUGUUGAUGGGGAGUUUGCCGGUGCCGGGACCUUUAUCUCAUGCGCCCCAGCAUCAGCAGCAGCACCAGCAGUCACUACCACCCGUCAGCCAUGCGCUCCCGAACAUCAUGGAUCCGCUCUCUGGCCCACCGACGUUACAACCACCCAUGCGAUCCCCGUCCCCAUUCUCGAAUUCGUCAUCGAAUGGAUACAAUAUGCGCACAGACUCGGGCGCCGGCCAUGGGCAUGGGUACGGGCGUAGUGCGAGUGUGGGUAUGAUGCCCGGUCAUGGUCAACCUGGACAUGGGCAACACACGGGGUACGACCAACAUCAGCAGUACCGCACGCUUCCUCAACCACCUACCUUCCCGCCCCCUCCGCUGCCGUUGUCGACCUCCUCGGCGACGGGGAGUCAGGCUGGCCAUGGUGGGUAUGGUCAUGGAGGAUACACCCAAGGCCAGGCCCCGCCGCCGCCACCGUGUUAUAGGCAGACGACGUAUGAUGGGUAUACGCAGUCAUCGACGUUACCGCCGCCUAGGACGAGUGCGAUUAGGGAUCAGGGGUAUGCACCACCUCCUCCUCCUCCGAAGACGGGGCCGCAUGGGCAGGGUCAAAGUGGGUGGGCUGGUCAGAAUGGUACUGUUGGUGGAAGGUACUAAGAACGAAACACGCCGAGCGAGGGAGGAUCUAGGAUUGUAUGUAGGUAUAGUGGAACGAAGGACGUGACUGGCGUUGGAAUUUUGGUAAUGGGAGGGCGUCGGUAUGUUUUAUAUGUCUCCUAUGUAGAGCGCUGGCCGCCG